CAGAGAAGCCAGCACGAUAUGAGAGAUCCCAGCGCACUCAUCAAAGCAGAAUUAGAAGCACCGGAAUUGGAAGGAGGAAGUUCAUAGCUUUUUGCUUUUGUUUCUACCAAUUUGACGUCAUACAUGGCUACCGAUGGCAAUGAUCUUCAGGUUCCCUUGCGUCAGAAGCAGAGAAAGAAAACUCAAGGCUUUUUCACCAUGAGUCGGAGGAGAAUAUCGUGUAAAGACCUGGGACAUGCUGACUGCCAAGGGUGGCUGUAUAAGAAAAAGGAAAAAGGAACUUUCCUAGGCAACAAAUGGAAAAAGUUCUGGGUGGUCCUGAAGGGUUCGUCGCUGUACUGGUACAGCAAUCAGAUGGCAGAGAAAGCUGAUGGAUUUGUCAAGCUGCCUGAUUUCUCUGUAGAGAGGGCAUCUGAAUGCAAGAAAAAGCAUGCUUUUAAGAUCAGCCAUCCACAGAUCAAGACCUUUUAUUUCGCAGCUGAGAAUGUGCAGGAAAUGAACCUGUGGUUAAACAAAUUUGGAUUAGCUGUAAUCCAUCCUGAAUCCACUGCAAAGGAUGAAGAAUGCUACAGUGAGAGUGAACAGGAAGAUCCCGAAAUAGCUGUCGAGACAGCGCCCCCUCGUUGCUCUGCGGAGACUGUCUCUCCUUUGACUGCACAGCGGGCGUCUUCGUCUUCACCCAAAUUGAGUGAAACAUCGCGUUCUUUCUCUUCCAUGGAAAACAUAAAAAAGACACCCAGCAGUUUGUCUUCCUCCAUAUCUAGAGGAAGACAGUCCUGGAUCAACAUGGUUAACAGCUCAUCUGCCGCUGAAGAGGUGGGACAGUCUGUGACAUGUGCUGUGCAGGUCCACUCACCCGCACCCUCAGAGGCAAACGGUCGCAGGGCCCUGGAAAACAGCUUUGCUGCAUCAGAAAGUGAAUUUUUGAACUCUCUGUCUAGUGAUGACACUUCUUCAUUGAGUAGCAACCUAGACCAUCUUACUGUCCCGGACAAGCCAGCUGGAUCAAAGAUGACGGAUAGAGAAGAGACAAAAGCUGAAGAUGAUGAAAUGGAGAAGCUCUACAAAUCGUUAGAGCAAGCGAGUCUAUCUCCUCUUGGGGACCGACGACCUUCAACCAAAAAGGAGUUGAGGAAAUCCUUUGUCAAACGGUGCAAAAAUCCAUCCAUAAAUGAGAAACUCCACAAAAUCCGAACUUUGAAUAGCACAUUAAAGUGUAAAGAACACGACCUGGCCAUGAUUAACCAGCUGCUGGAUGAUCCGAAGCUGACAGCCCGAAAAUACCGGGAGUGGAAGGUCGUAAACACCCUGCUGAUCCAGGAUAUCUACCAGCAGCAGCAGCAGCAGCCGCGGACCCCUACACCCGCCCCCGAAGCCUCCCCCCAGGGACUCCAGAAACCACCUUCCUCUGCCUGUGUUGAAAAUUCUAUCUGAGAGCGAACCAGGAUUCUCUCCCUUGCUAUCUUACCCCAAGCAACUCUUCAAGAUGUUGCAAUAGCUUAACACUUUUCCUUGUAAAGGAAAACUGAAACCCAGUUCCUGGAAGCACCAGCUCCUGCUCUAGGGAUGCGAUUGGGGUGAAGACAAACACUGAUGCUACAUCACCAGUUCCAGUGCUUCCAUCCCGGCUGGAGGGAUGGAGUCCAGCUGAGUAAACGGUCUCUGUGCUCCUUCUGGGAGCCCCCGGCCACACUAGGUUCUAGGUGGGAUGUGAGAACUGUAUCUUCUGUUUCUUGUUCUCAGCAGAAUGACAACAUUCCAUGGACAAGGAUCACUUUUUACCAGGGAUACUUAUUCAUAGGAAUAUUCUGUUUUCCAAAAGAAGAAUGUACAUAUUCCAUCUGGUUGGGUAGCUGAGUUCCCCAAAUCAUCUUUGAAGUCAAGGAAUGCUUUCUAUAGCAGCAACCAGACCUGGAUGGAUGUGGUAUUGUGGAACCCAAAUCCCUUGCCUUUGGUCCAGAAUGGUGGUGCCUUUUGCGCGUCUUCAUAGCAAAUGGCAUGUGGGAGUGCCCAGGAGGAGGCGUGAUCUGUGUUCCACUCGCUCAAAGGACAGCUUAAUGUUUUCAGACUUUAUCCAGGUUUGGGUAAGGGAUCUGAUUAUUUCCACAAAACAGCUAAAGAAAACUCUCAUGACACUUGGACACCUCUACUCCCUCCUAGUUUUUCUAAACCACUGUAGGACAUAGUAAUAUGUCCAGUGAGGAAUGUUUACUGCCUUUGUCCUUGAGUGUGGUAGCUAUGCACAGUAUAAAUGUACACCCAGGGACUCCCCUGGCAGUCCAGUGGUUAGGACUCUGUGGUCUCACUGCCGAGGGCCCAGGUUCAAUCCCUAGUUGGGGAACUAAGAUCCCACAUGCCGAGUGGCAGGGCCAAAAAUAAAUAAAUACAUAAACAAACAAACAAACAUCCAGGUUCUCCAGGAUCAAUAUUGACAAGAUGAUUCUGGUGUCCGAAUUGUUUUAGUAUCUUUAACUCAAAAAAAAAAAAAAAAAGAAAAAGAAAGAAAAAAGAAAAACACCCAACAAAAACAAGAGUUAAAACGUGAUUGUUUUAUUUUUGUAUGUUUAUGUAUUACUUUGUGUCCUAUGUGAAUAGCUAUAUAUAAAAGUUUGUUAUUUAAGUAUAUUUAUGGAAGUUCAAAUUACUAGUGUCUUAAAAGAUGAUGUACUAUUGUAUGUUCUGUUCAGUAUAUAUAUCAAAGUAUAUACUUUUUGCUUGAGAAAAAUAGGAAUACUAUAGAUUUAUUGGAGUUAUGUUGCACUAUAAUGUCUGAGGAAUGCUCAGGAAAUCUUGUGGGAUGAAUGUAGGGCAUGCAUUAAUAAUCUUUAUUUUCUCUCUACUUCUCUCUCUCCACCCCGCCCCAAGAAUGCUUUGAUUUCUAUCUGUUGUAAACCAUUCUCCUCUUACAUUAUUCCUUCUAGUAAAUAUACUUUAAGCUUUACACCUUUUAUGCCCACAUAUCCUAAACCAAAUGAAGCACAAUUAAUGCAGUCUUUUGACCGAAGACUAAUAUAAAUUUGGGGGUUUACCGCUAGAGAGAACUCAUUUUAUUAGAGAAAUGAUAGGAAAAUCUUCACUCACUAAUCACCAUGAAUACUUCUAACCAUAAGAAUAACCACAGCCCAUCAAAGGCCCAUUUUGGCCUGACCUCUAGCAAACCAUCAGCACAGCAUCAUUGGCUCUAUGGUGUCAAAGUGUGUGGCUUGACAUUCAAAUGGAAAUAACCCCCUGGGUUUUAUCUGAGAACUAAAUGGAAAUAGUUGUUGAAAUUUUCCCUAAGCUUUACUAAGAAGUCUUAAUACUUUGUAAGCAAAAAACAACCUUAGCAUUGAGAAAGAAAGAAAGAAAAAAAAAAGAACAGGAAGCAAGUUGUAAUAGAAGCUUCUGAAGGAUAAAGGCCAUGCUACUCAGUUUGGUCCAGUAAACUCUCAGGUGCUCCUGCACCAGGUGGAGCGUGCCAGGCGGGGCUCAGAUGCUGCAGAAGAGGGCACCUGGCCCUCCAUGUGUUUACUGUGGGCACAGAGAGAAGCAACCAUACAGAUCCUCAGAUUGGACCCUGAAGAUUCUGGUUUGAGAGGCCAGUGCUUUCAUCUCUUUACGUCGGAAAUUAGCAUUGAUUCUUUCUGUAAUUAGCAGCAUCUAAUUCUUCCUGUAAUUAGAAGGUAGAUUGUUUGGGAUUCACAAUGUAAAUGAAGUGGUAAGAAAAGGAGAAAUAAUCAUGGAGGAAAGGAUGAUAUAAUAAGGUGUUCUUCUACCUUUUUCUCUUUGGUUUCCAGCACCAACCUAUAAACAUCAAACCAGUUUUUCCUACAUUGAAAUGCUCUGAAAGAUUUUGGCCAAGGCUUGCAAAUAUAUUCUAA